AUGUCUACUACUACUAUCCUGGAGACCGCUGCUGCGAAUUACGAGAGCUACACCAUCAAAGAUCUCAACGGUUGCGUCGUGCUAAAGAAUGUCAUCAGCCCCGAGCGCGCCAAGUACUACUGCGACAAGCAGAUCCAGUGGCUCAAGAACUUUGACUUGGGCUUCGAUGAGAACGACGAGAGCACCUGGACGGCCGAGCAUCUGCCCAUCAGCUUCAAGGGAGGAAUGUACUAUGCCUACGCCGCCGCUCAUGAGAAGAUGGCGUGGGAGGCACGUACCGAGCCCGCCGUGAUUGAGAUCUUUGAGAAGCUCUGGGAAACCAAUGAGCUACUCUGCUCCUUCGACGGCAUGAACAUCUCCCUACCUCGGCGCAAGGAUUUGAACUGGUCCCCCUGGCCGCACUGCGAUCAGAACCCGAACCGCAAGGGAAUGCAAGCCGUCCAAGGCCUCCUGAACUUUGCCCCCAACGGACCCAAAGACGGCGGCCUCAUGCUCAUGAAGGGCUCCGCCAAACUGUUUGAUGAGUUCUUCGCCCAGAAGCGCGAGCAGUACGACCACGAGGACGCCCCUCCCCCAGAGCUCCAGUACAUGGAUCUGUUCCUCUUCCACGAAAAGGACCUCAAGUGGUUCGAGGACCGCGGCUGUGAGAUGAUCAAGGUCAACAUGGAGCCCGGCGACUUUGUCCUCUGGGACUCGCGCACGAUGCACUAUGCCUGUCUGCCCGAGGGCAACCAGAUCCGCCACGUCCAGUACAUCUGCAUGACACCGCGCCGGUUCGCCACCCCCAAGGCGUUGGAGUUGAAGAAAUACUGCUUUGAGAAUUUCAUCGGCACAACGCACUGGCCUCACUGGUAUGUUGUCCUCGAUCUACAACAUGGACGGAAGCUGAUCAAUGAUAGUAACAUUCGUCCUGCCGCGGAGAAGCCUAUGAGGAACGGAAAGGUGUGCCCCAAGGAUCGAAGUGAGCCGUUUGAGAAGCCAGUCCUUACGGAGAGAUUGCUUCAGCUGGCGGGUGUCAAGGAUUACUAG